AUGGGUGACCAAAACGUGGAUCGAGAGUUCUGGAAUGCAUCGAGAGAGGAUGCCUUCUGGAUGGACAUUCACUACGUCAUGCUCCUUUUCCCCGCUGCGUCUUAUACGCCUUUCCCCCUUAGGACUAGCCUCACAUCGCUAUCUUAUCAGUUCCUGUCAACAAUCAAUCCUCAUAAACAACAUCAACACGCCCACAACCCAUACAAAUCGCAGUACACAGACAUGCCCCCUCGAAUAGCAUUCAUUUCCGGUCCUAUCGACACCGGCCCCUCCGAAUCCUACUUCACCCACUACGUCCGGCUCAUCGACUCUACAAUCGCCGCCAACGACUCCUUCGUGAUCGGCCCCAUCCCCUACGGGGUGGACAGCAACGCGCUUAGCUACCUUCUCUCCUACCAGAUCGAUCCGUCACGAAUAAUCAUCUUCAUCACGCCCUCGGAAGAUGGCAUGUGGGGCCUGCAGUUUCGCGGACUCAGCGUAAAUGUACACGUGGUGGACGGACAGACCGGACCGGAACGAGACGCUGCAAUGACAGCGGCCAGCGAGUAUGAUAUCAUGCGGGUGUGGACGGUCGAUGAGGCGGGAGGGUUUUAUGGCCGCAUGUGGAGAGAGGGUCAUGUCACGAAUACGGAGAGGAAUUGGAAGCAGAGGAGGGGGAUUCAUGAGGAUGUGGUGGUUCCGGCCGAGGAUAUAAAUCGGGAUGUUGAUAUGCUGGAGACGGUGGGGAGUGCACAGGGGGGGGGGGGGGGGGGUUCGGGGCUUUUGAAGAGGCUGUUUGGGUAA